AUGCAUUGCCCAAGAUGCAAUCAUAGUUACAACGAAAAGCCCCACACAAGCUGGCUGAUGUUCGAGCAGGCGUGUGCCUGCGACUGCCAUGCUUACCCUUCGAAAUACCCUUACGCGUUGCCCGGUGCCUUUCCUAGUGAUACACCGAUCAGAUCAGCACUUUACCCUGUGUCGAGUAAAGUGAAGGAGUUCGUUAAAAAGAAGCGAGCGGACGAACGGCGAGGCGCGGAGCAAGAGCGGCUUGCGGAGGAGAAGGCUCGGGCUGUAUGGGACUCCAAGGAGCCCAUGCCCGAGGAAAAGUUCAUUGAAAUGAAGAAGCGCAAAAUCGCCGUGCCGAUUAUCGACGAGCCUCCCUUCUACCACUCACUCGUCUCCAUCCGCCGACUGACAAACACGAUUCCCCAUAUCACCGAGCGCCGCGUGUCAGGUUUCUAUAUAGUGAGACAGGACUAUGUCAACGAGCUUCCAUACCGUCGUGUGCCGGGUUGGUCGAUCCCUUGGUGGUGCAUUGAUUACCGUCCAACGACACCUGAGGAGUUCUGUGAGAAGUGUAAUCAGAUCAGCGGCUUUUAG